AUGUCAGCCUCUGAAAUACCUAAUAAUGGAGGAGAUCCAUUUAUAUUUGUAGUUAAUAAGAAUACCGAAUGGAAUAUACCAUAUAAACCACAAGCAGCAGUAGGAACGAAUAGAGUGUCGAUGUUGAUCAAACAGCCACAAGAACAAAAGAGUAGUAAUCAAGAAAUGAAACAAGAAAGAAGAGAGAGAGGAGGAGAGAUAGGGAAUCAAGGGAAUAAACGGAGUGGAGAGAAAAUGAAUGAAAAAAUCAAUUAUAAUGAAUAUUUAGGGAAUAUACAUAAAUAUCGAAUGAGAGGAGCUAAUAAACAUUUAUUUAUAGCAUAUUAUACAUUAUUUGUAAAACCAGUAUUUGAAAUAUAUCAAAAAACAUCAAAAAGUCGAGAUAUUACACAAUAUACAAAAGAAGUAUCAAUUGCAUAUGGAAUAGAACCAAAUAGAUGUUCAUCAAUGUUUGAUACAUUAAAUAGAUGGCUUUAUUCAUCAAGUGGUUUAACUAAAGGACCAGAUUCAAUUUUAUAUCGAUCAAGUGAACCAUUUUUAAAAAAUAUAGAUAAUAGACAACCAAGUGAUUAUCCAUAUUAUCAAACAACAAAUACAACAAAUUAUCAAACAAAAGAACCAUUUAAUGGAAUUAGUGAACUUCCACGUGAUGUUAAAACUGCAAUUGAUCAAACAAAAAAACCAGCUCCAAUGAAACCUAUUCCUCGUUAUCCUGCACCUUAUCCUUUUGGUUAUGAUAAAGAUAAUCGUGAUCAAAGAUAUUCUAGAACUUAUGAUGAUCCUUAUUAUGAUGAUCCUCGUUUUGAUCCAAGAUAUUCAUCAUCUCGUUUUGAUCCUCGUUUUGAUCCAAGAUAUGAUCCUCGUUUUGAAAGAUUUGAUUUAAGAUAUGAUCCAAGAUAUGAUCGUUAUGAUCCAAGAUAUGAUCCAAGGUAUGAUCGUUAUGAUCCAAGAUAUGACAAUACCACUGACCCUAGAAUUGAUAUGAGAAAUGAUCCUAGACUUGAUCCUAGAAUAAAUUAUGACACUCGUUAUGAUCGUUUAGAACGUGGGAUUCAACAACUAGAACGUCCAAACGAACGAACUCCACUUGAACGUGCUGCUUCUAUUGAUCGUCCUCCUAUUGAUUCAAAAACUCCUCUUGACAAAGUCUCCGAUCGCACUCAACAAGACCUUCAAAAUCGCACUCAACUAGACAGAAAUCAACGUCUCCCUUUAUCAGACAUUCGUCCUUCCCUUAACGACCCCAGAGAUCUUCGUGACCCUCGUAUCAUCGACUCUAGAUUCGAUCCUAGAUAUGACAAUCGUUAUCUUAGAGAUCCUCGUUAUUUAUCUGACCCUAGGUAUGAUCGUGAUCCUUUCCCUCGUGAUCCAAGAUAUAUGGGAGAUCCUCGUGCUCCAUUCGAACGUAACCCAUUAGAACGUGAUCCUCGUCUAGACCCAAGAGCACCACUAGAUAGGCCUCCUAUGGAUAGACCUCCUUUGGAUCCAAGGGCUUCCUUAGACAGACCUCCUAUCGAUGCAAGAGCACCACUUGAUAGACCUCCUUUAGAAAGAACACCGUUAGAUCGAGACCCUCGUAUUCCACUUGACCGGCCACCAAUUGAACGAGACCCUCGUUUAAAUACAGAUAUCCACGACAGAUCAGAAAGAAUUGAUCGAAGUGAUCGUUCUGGAGCCGAGAAAAAGAGAAACUUCUUACCAAUUAACAACAAUCCACCUCCUAAAUAA